CGCAGCGAGAUCGAGACUGUCCCUUUCCCGGUUACAUGGUUGCUAUCUUGGCAUGAGGGAACGGUGUAGGCAAGCAUGUGAAACAUGUAGAGCACGCAAGUCACGUUGUCUCCCCGGCAAAAGCGCCGAUAUCUGCAGAAGAUGCGAAGAGGCCGAGAUCACUUGCGUACCACAUGACCCUCUCAAAAGAAGAACACCAAAGAGACGGAAAAAGUGUCCGCCUGGAAUCUCUCUCAACGACGGCCAGAGAGCAGAAGCCAAUACUAGACUCGACUGCGUUUGCAGUGCACCUCAUGGAUGCUUGAAGAAUGUACUGCACCUGCCGGAUGGCUCUUUUGGCCAAGAUCUGCUCACAGUCCUUCGAUCAGAGGCUGUUGGUGACAAGUGGCCACGAUUCCGGGCGUUGGGAGUCGCAGAAUGCCAGGCUUAUCUUCAACACUAUGACAGACUGAUACAGGCCGUACCCUUUGCCUUUCAUAGGCCAAAACUGUCCAUUGAAGCUUUUAUGACGGAAUCACCGCUAUUCUUCCUAUCCGUUAUCUUAACCGCAAGCAGUUCCUGUCAGGUUCUCGAGGCAGAAAGCGAGAGUAUUUUCCGUCAUAUCCUGGCUGACCGAGUUGUCAUACGAGGACAACGAAGUCUGGAACUUUUGCAAAGUCUCCUGACUUAUCUCAUCUACCACCCUCAUCGCCACAAUCACGACACGCAGCAGUAUUUUCAGUUUCUCCACCUUGCACUAGCAAUGGCGGCUGAUUUGGGACUGUACACAAGAUUCAGGCAUCCUCGAUCAUCCCUCUUGGAAUCAGAGAAUGACCCCAAUGUGGCGCGAGCAUUUUUGCUGUGCUACUACCUCAGUUGUGGCACCGGUAUUCUUGGAUACGAUAGGCCAGAUACCAUGCGAUGCAUUCAGAGCCUGAGAUAUGUUGCCCAGCAUCUGGCUCAAAGAUCGAGUGAAGGUUUCGACCGAGAGGCACCUGCUCUCGUCGGGCUGUUGUACAUCCUAGCACAACAACACGACCACCUGAGUUGUCCCGAGAAGACUCUUCUUCAGUCUUGGAAUCUUGCAGCGGCACUGGAAGAUUGGAAAGCGACUUACCCAACUGCAUCAACUCUGUCUGCCAUCAAAUCCAUGCAGCAUUUUGCUCACGCAUAUGGCAUGUUGAAAUGCGCACGCCCUGGGACCUUGUCGAACCAGGAUCGCCAAGUUUGUGUCGAUAAUCUUGCCCUGGUGUUAUCGAACGUCCUCGAAAGAGGCGCUGCCUACCUGAUGUUGUUUGGCGCUGCCGAAUGGGGUCAUGUCUUGACGACACUCUUCCUGCUACCCCGUGUCGAGACUUCCACGGGGCAAGAAGGGGCUCCGCUCACACUCGAAUAUAUAGGUCGAUUUCGUCAGACUCUACAAGAGGCACGGACACUCGCAACACAAGAUAUCGUCUUGGCUACUCCUACAUUCUUCGGGUGGUUGGAUAGGAUUCUCUCGGCCGUGGAGAAGCAGACUACUUCCCAUCUGAGGUCAUCAGUCCAAACCCAACAAAAAGGUGAUGAAUCGGCUUAUGAACUUAUCAACUCGUUCAUUGAUGACGAAUCCAACCAGGGAUCAAGAUCGCACAGAGGCAGAGACAGAGACCAAGAAGAAUUUUGGGGUGAUUUCAUGUCUGAAUGGUUGAACUGGUGAUAUUUGCGAUGUAGAAAAUCUCAAGCAUGUGAAAUUUGAGUGAUCAAGAUUGUUCCUCGCCUGGUCUUUCCCUUUUUCCGCACCGGCACGGUUGAUUUACACGGCAGGGUCCACAUAGCAUGCAACACAACCCCGGUACGAACAAUCAGG